UGCUACUGUUCUCCGGUUCUUUCUAUAAGAAAUCGAAGACUCGGAACGGUUCAGAGACUAUAUGCGAGAAUGCUCGUGUAUGUAUGGUUUGUUGUCCCAACGAAAAAAUUCUGUCAAACGACUAUCAAAUUGUUUUGGAAAGUUUAGGGUUUUAUAUUGCUUUGUUUUCUCUGUUCUUGUAUGGGAAUUAUUUUUGCGAGAAAAUCAUGGCUAUGAGAAAGUCGUUCAUGGAUUCUCUUAAAGCUCUCGAAGCAGAUAUUCAGCAUGCCAACACUCUGGCUAUGGGUCAUCCAAGGGAGUGUGAUGGAGCAUGCCUUCAGAUGAGACUGUCUUACAGUCCAGCUGCUCAUCUGUUCCUUUUUUUCGUCCAGUGGGCUGAUUGUCAGCUUGCCGGUGCCCUAGGGUUGCUUAGAAUUCUUAUUUAUAUGACGUAUGCAGAUGGCAAAACUACCAUGUCUGUUCAAGAAAGAAAAGCAAGCAUCAAAGAAUUUUAUGCUGUGAUAUUUCCUUCUUUGUUUCAACUUCAAAGUGGGAUAACUGAUGUGGAGGAUAGAAAACAGAAGGAUUUGAGUUCACUCAGGUACUCAAGGAAGGACGAUUUGAGCAGGGGAAAACUCUCUGAAGCUGAUAUAGAGAGAGAAGAAGAAUGUGGGAUUUGCAUGGAAAUGAAGAGCAAGGUUGUGUUGCCUAAUUGCAGCCAUUCCUUGUGCUUGAAGUGUUAUCGGGAUUGGCGUGGGAGAUCUCAGUCAUGCCCGUUUUGUCGAAAUAACCUCAAACGAGUGAAGUCAGGUGAUCUUUGGAUUUGCAUCAACAACAAUGAAGUUACUGAUUUAUCCAUAAUCCUGAGAAAUAACUUACAGAGGCUGUUCAAAUACAUAGAAAAGUUACCUCUUAUUGUUCCAGAACCUCUGUUCAUUACCUAUAAUUCUCAUAUGAGGUAUGGGGUACUUUGACACUGGAAAGAGUCUGCAUAUUAUGCCUGGUUGUAUAUGAUUGACACAUGAACAUCUACAUCGGUAAAUCCCUACUGGUUUUUAUUUUCUGGAGAUCAACAUGGUGUUGAUCUCUAUUUGUACAUAUCAACUAUAACUACAUUAUAUAUUUAACUUUCUUGGUCCC